CCAAGUAGAACCACCAUUGUUCAGCAGAAGGCUGAACAAUCUGUGUUCAGAAUCGGAGAAGACGCCAAGCAAGAGAGCUUAGACUGCUAAGUAGCGCCAGUGCGGGUAGACGGACGGUUGACUUGCCAUCGGGCUGAUGGCUGCCCCGGAGCUCCCUGCGGACCUGCUGCCAGCAGAAGAGGACCUGCUGUAUGAGGAGGAAAUUUUGCGUGAUCCUUUUUCCCUGAAAUUGUGGUGGCGCUACCUCCAGGCAAGGAAGGAUGCACCUGCAAGGAAGCGGAGGCUACUUUUUGAAAGAGCAAUCAAAGCUCUGCCAGGUAGCUACAAGCUGUGGCAUGCCUACUUGAGCGAGCGCAAGGCUGCGAUGCGCGGGCAGCCGCUGGCGCACCCUGGGUACGAGGCGCUGAACAACACGUUUGAGCGCGCCCUGGUGACGAUGCACAAGAUGCCGCGCAUCUGGCUGGACUACCUGGGCCUGCUGCUGGAGCAGCGCCGCAUCACGCGCGCGCGCCACACCUUUGACCGCGCGCUCUGCAGCCUGCCCGUCACGCAGCACGACCGCGUGUGGGAGCUGUACGUGCGCUUCAUCCGCCAGGACGCAGUGCCCGUGGAGACGGCGCUGCGCGUCUACCGCCGCUACCUCAAGUUUGACCCCACGCAAGCAGAGGACUUUAUCACUUUCCUCCAAGAGAAGGGACACUGGCAGGAGGCUGCUGUCCGGUUGGCGGACUGCGUGAACGACCCCGACUUCCAGAGCGUGAAGGGCAAGACGAAGCACCAGCUGUGGCUGGAGCUGUGCGACCUGGUGACCAAGCACGCGCAGCAGGUGACGGGCCUCAAGGUGGACGCCAUCAUCCGCGGCGGCAUCCGCCGCUUCACCGACGAAGUGGGCCGCCUCUGGACGUCGCUCGCGGACUUCUACAUCCGCAAGGGCCUGUUUGAGCGCGCUCGCGAUGUGUACGAGGAGGGCAUGGCCAGCGUGCUCACCGUGCGCGACUUCAGCCUCGUGUUCGAUGCCUACUCCCAGUUCGAGGAAAGCAUGCUCGCGGCUAAGAUGGAGGCGCAGGAGGAUCUUGAACCAGAGGGCGAGAGCCCUGACGUGGACCUGCGCAUUGCCCGGCUGGAGGCGCUGAUGGAGCGGCGGCCGGAGCUGGUGAGCAGCGUGCUCCUGCGGCAGAACCCGCACAACGUGCACGAGUGGCACAAGCGCGUCAAGCUGUUUGCGGGGGACCCCACCCGCCAGAUCCUGACCUACACGGAGGCGGUCAAGACGGUGGACCCGCUCAAGGCGCUGGGCAAGCCGCACACGCUCUGGGUGGACUUCGCCAAGCUGUACGAGAAGCACGGGGACCUGCCCAACGCGCGCGUCAUCCUGGACAAGGCCACGCAGGUGGGGUACAAGGCGGUGGAGGACCUGGCGGCGGUGUGGUGCGAGUGGGCCGAGAUGGAGAUCCGCGCACAGAACUUCAAGCAGGCGCUGGCGUUGUGUCGGCGCGCCACGCAGCAGCCGCCAGAGACCCUCGGCAGACUCCCCGACGGUGGGGCGGACGUGCCGGUGCAGCUGCGGCUGUACAAGAGCCUGAAGCUGUGGUCCUUCUACUGCGACCUGGAGGAGAGCCUGGGCGACCUAGCCAGCACGCGCCGCGUGUACGAGAGGAUCCUGGAGCUGCGCAUCGCCACGCCCCAGAUCAUCAUCAACUACGCCGCGCUGCUCGAGGAGGCGAAGUACUUCGAGGACGCGUUCCAGGUGUACGAGCGCGGCAUUGCGGUGUUCAAGUACCCGCACGUCAAGGACAUCUGGACCACCUACCUCACCAAAUUCGUGGCGCGCUAUGGCGGCAAGAAGCUCGAGCGCGCCCGCGACCUCUUCGAGCAGGCCGUCGAAAAGGCUCCCCCGGAUGCGGCUCUGCCGCUCUAUUUGGCAUACGCGAAGCUGGAGGAGGACUACGGGCUGGCGCGGCACGCGAUGGCGGUGUACGAGCGAGCGGUCAAGGCGGUGGCGGACACGGCCCGGAUGCAGGUGUACGAGAUCUACAUCGCGCGCGCAGCAGAGUUCUUUGGGGCCACCCGCACGCGCGACAUCUACGAGGCUGCCAUCGAGUCGGGGCUGCCGGACAAGGACGUGAAGGCGAUGUGCCUCAAGUACGCGGCGCUGGAGAAGAAGCUGCAGGAGAUCGACCGCGCGCGCGCCAUCUAUGUGCACGCCAGCCAGCUCGCGGACCCGCGCACCGACCCCGCCUUCUGGCAGGAGUGGAACGACUUUGAGGUGCAAUACGGAAACGAGGACACUUUCCGGGAGAUGCUGCGGAUCAAGCGCAGUGUGUCCGCUAGCUACAGCCAGAUGCACUUCCGCAUCCCUGAGCAUUUGUUGGUCAAGAACCAGCCAGUGGAAGGGCAGGAGGCAGCCGCCCGGCCUGCGGUGGACGGCAUGGCGGCGCUGGAGCAGCAAGCGCAGCCGAGCACGAGCCCCGGGGUGAGCAGGGCGCCGCAGUUUGUGAGCAGCGCGAGGGCCACCGCAGAGAUGGCGCAGGCCAUGGGGGUGGACGGGGGCACGACGGAAGUGCCGCUGAAUCCGGACGAGAUCGAGUUGAAGGACGAAGACGAGGAGGAGGGGGGGAGCGACGAGGAGGAUGGCGUGCAUCUGGCACAGAAGGAGGUGCCGGCGAGCGUUUAUGGGGAGCUGGCAGACAAGGCGAAGAAGCAAGGGGAAACCAGGGAGGAGCCAGUAGGAGCAUUAGAAAGGAUCAAGCGACAAAGACGACAAUAAAACGGGUCUGAAGGUUGACCAGUAGUUUGCGUCUGUGUACUUGUGCUACCUUUUGCUAUCCUCAUCAACAUCACUGAGUUCUAGUUCUAGUCGUUGAGCAAGCUUGCUCUGUGUAUAUUUCUUGAUGUUUGCAACAUGUGUCGACACCACGUUGGAUGAAUUAAGCUGGCAUUCUUCAAGCAGAAUACGACUCGGUGUGCAACGCUGUCAUGG